AUGUCGGAAAGAUCGAAAGGUGACGUGUCCGCUCGCGUAAACAACAACGCGAACGCGACGCGUGUCGUUAAAAAUCCACUUCUGAGCGCCUCCGUGACCGGCCUGAGUUUUGACGACUUCCCCAACAAGCCGCAGCUUCUGCCUGCCGCCCCGCCCGUGGUCCAUGCCACGCCUCCAGCGGCACCCGUCCUCAUCGCUGGCAUCUUGAACCGUGAACCCAAAUCAUUGGUCACCGUUGGUCAGCCAUCGGGCAUUGAUGACAGCGAAGCCCUCGACGAGAUAAACUUGAAUACCAGCAGCGAGGAUUCCAUUGGCGCAGUUGGAUCGAGUCCAUAUCAAGGCGCAGGCGAUCGAAACGCCAAUCCUCUAUUGGAACCACCACCGGAAGCUGGAAACGAUUCGUUGCUGAGUCAAGCGGCCUCCUCCUUUACUGCCCUGCCUGCGGUGGCCUCCAAUGUGUUUUCCACCUUCUCGAAGCGGAUCUACGCCGGCAGCAGGGAGUCCUCGGAGGAGCCCAAGCUAGACAUACAGCCCCCUUACAUUCAGCAGGCCAGCUACCAUCAGCCAGUGCCCGCUCCUUUUUAUGCAGCUCCGCCAGCGGGCGCCAAUGAAGUGGUCGCCCCCGAACCACCCAAGUUCUACGCACCCACUGAGGUGCCGUCCCCGAACGUAGGAGUUCCUGCACCACCGCCUGCAUCGGGAAAUCCAAAUACUUACCGAUUCACCGCCAGGAAAAAGCUAUACGCUCCUAUUCCUGGAUUUUCAGAGCAAUCCGGACAACCUGCACAGGCUCCCCAAGCGGCGCCAGCAUUCCAGACGCCACCAUAUCCACCACAGCCAGCAUACGCAGCAAACCCUGCUCCAUUUGACAUAUCAGCACAGCCAGCUCCAAUUCCCACAGAGGAACGCAAAUCCGGUGGAGGACUCUUCUCCUUGACCAGUCUUGUACCCACAGGAGUCCUUCAGAAUAUCACAGGCCUUGUUCAAUCAGCCACUGGGCGAAGCAGUGAACCAGGACACGCUAAUGCCCAGCAAGCAGGAGGUUACUUAGACAUUACUACAGCAUCGGCACCAGCUCCACAGACGAACUUAUUUGGUGGACAAAAUUCAACGCUUCCGCCAGGAGGUAAUUAUUUCGUACCUGGAGCACCUACAUCUUUACCCACAGCGGAGGUAGUAGUUCCUCCUUCCGUAGGAAACUUCUUCGCGCCAACGAUACCCUUGCCUGGAUCACAAGUAGCUGCUACCCCAGCUGUAGGAGCCUUCUUCACGUCUACUGUCCCAAGUGUUCCGCCUUCAGUUUUUACUCCAGGAUCUGUUCCGCCUGUUGCCCCGCAGUCAACAACUGUAAACCAAUCUGCAUUGCCACCGAACAAUCCUCCGGCCGCAUCUGCAGUAGGAGAACUCGCUUUUCCUGCACAAACGACAAUCCCCCAAGGAAUUCCAUCCGCAGUUCCAUUUGUUGACACACAAGCUGUUCCAACAAUACCUUUAACAGUUCCACCAGGCAAUCCUCCCCCAACAUCGGUACUAGGAGGAUUCUUUACCACAGGUGAAGUUCCACCUGCUGUUGGACCAUUUGCAACACAAGAGACAGCAGCAACGCAAUCUGUAGGAUUCUUAAAUCCAGAAGAAGUUCGUCCCUUAGCAGAAGCAGUUCCAACCAUACCGAUUACAUCGUCAGGUCCACCUACAGGGAUUUUUCAACCAGCACCCGCUCAGCCUGGUGUCCCAACAGCUUCAAAUCCGAUUCCCUUGCCAGGACCAGCUGCACCACCGCCAGCCGCUGGACAAGCUUCAUAUCGCCUUCAGAAGGGAACUCGUCUCUACAAGAGUCCAUUGACCCCUCAGGAAACCGCAGCAUCUUUGGGAUUCGCCGCUCCUCCGGCCAUAUCUGGAACUCCAGCAAUUUUUAAUCCGUUCGGAGCACCUGCACCAGGAUUCAACUCAGUAGCCCAUCUACAGGCUCAAACUGGCCAAGGAGUUCCACUCUUUACGCCGCCAGUGUAUAAUUCACCAGGACAAGUGACAGCUCCAAGUGCAACUGUUGCUGUUCCACAAGCAGCUCCUAUUGACCCUCCACCGGCGACAGCAAGUGCAAGUGCUGCUCCUCCGCUAUCUGCAUCUAUAACCAAUCCCCCUCCAACUGCGGGCUUUGCAAGUGUACCCCUCUUCGCUGCACCAACAAUAUCCUCCACGGCUAUUCCUUUCUUCAAUCCGCAACAAACAGUUGCGGAAGUAACAACUGGUUUGAGCCAACAGAAAACCGCCGCUGCAACAUCGACCAUAUUGGAAGCUCUGGUGCAAGGACCUGCAUUAAAUCAAGAUAAUUCCUUGUUUGCUCCAGCAGUCGCCGCAAGUCAAUUCUUUGACGCCCCAUCUCCGUCAGAAACCCAAACGGAGAACCAAGUACCAAGUGUUUCCUCAGAAAGGGGAAAUCUAGCGACCGAGACAGAAUCAGUGAAAGCGGAAGCAAAUAUUAUUACUCCACAACUUCAGCAGGAGUUAAUAACACCAAUAGAGGAUUCCAAGCGAUCCGAGAUUCAAGACGAACUUUCAUCUGCACCACCACAAGAAACUACUCAAAGCGCGAACUUAUCAACCGGACUCGGAGAAGAUACACACACUGGUCCUCCUGUAAUUGAACCCGUUCUAGAUCAAACCCCAGCAGCUAGCCGGAAAUCGAGUGUUCCCCUCUUUCCGCCCGCAAGUAAGGUAGAUCAAGAAGAUAUAGUCUAUCCAGAGCCAUCUGCCCCGGAGCAGCAGGAGAUUCCAUUAUUCGUGCCAGUACCAUCUUUGUCGGGACAAAGUCAGGGCGUACCACUAUAUCCACCGCCACCUGGUUCCACUAGCGAACACGCGAUUUUUACUGCGCCACCAGUGGCUUUAAGUGCUCCACUCUUUGUUCCUGUCCCUGGUUCUGCUUCUGUGUCAUCGUUCUUCUCCCCCGCUCAAGUGGAUUCUACUUCUUCGUUAUUUGCUCCGCCGCCACCAUCUUCAAAUUCAACAAUACUUACACCGGCUCCGCCAACGACUGCUACGUUGUUUGCUUCCAUACCAACAACCACAGCAUCUACACCAGAUCUGGUUCCUGGGUCAUCGUCUGAGCUGGUUGAUGCACCUCCUGGUUUCCAGGGAUCACCAGAGGUCACCGCAAAUAAGCUGUUCCAGGGCAACUCCGAAACCCAAACGGUUUUUAGUCCAUUUGCACAAACUAAAGCUACACCUCUGGUUCAGGAAACGAAACCGGAAUUGGUACCACCUCCGAUUGGAUUCUUUGCGCCGAAUAACGAAACCGAAGUUCUUGGACAGCCACCACUUGCUCCCUCGCCCCUGCAGAGCUUCUUCAGCACAGCAACAGAAACAGCUACAUCCGCCGACUUCAAUUUCCUCGCAAGUCCAGCACCUGGCAGCGUAUUUCCUGAUUUGCCAGUGCAGCAGGGUAUUGCACCGCCACCAUUGGCACUAGAGCCACCGCCAGAGGCUAGUGUUUCCAAUAUAGCCACAGCUGCUCUAGGGUUUGAUUUGUUAAGCCAAACCCAGCAAGCACCAAGUUUCGUCGAUAAUUCAAUCCAAAAUUUAAGUGUCAACUCUUUUGACGGCUAUUUUGGCGGUCCUACUGCCAUUGCGCCACCAACAGUCGCACCCGAGGCAGCUGCAGCACCUGUUGCUCCAGUUACAAACUGCGACCCCGUCAAUUUCUUCGAUCAAGUUCCCCAGACCCAGUCGCAAAUCCAGCAAGCUAACGAGGAUCAGCGCAUCCAAAACUUCUUCAACAAUCCGCCACUGCAGGAUCAACCCGCUGCACCAGGUGAACUCAAGUACGACAUCGUCCACAGCGGAGUGGCUGUAAAGCAGCUGCAAGCGCGCUCACAGACGCCCGUCUCAAAUCUUGUCGAGCCGCCUUCGUCCGCCUGUUCAGAGUUCUCGACCCUUGCACCAGCACCAACACCAGCCGAUCGCCAAUCGGGCGACGAUCUAUUCCAGCAGCAUCUGGGCGAGUUGCCCGAGGAGAUCCUCAGAGAGCUCAGAAUGGCAAGUGCCAGCAGCGAUAAGGCUCAGGUGGCGACGCCUGCCACGGCUAUAGCUUACUCACCAGUGGUGGUCCAUUGGUUCUACAAGCGCAGCGUGGACACAAAGUUCAUCUGGACACCAUUCAGCCACUACGAUUCGGCUUUGUUGGAAACCAGCCUAAGUCUUGACGAUUCCACAUUGAUUAUUCCCGUUGAGGGUGGCCGCUACGAUGUAAACAUCAAGGAACGCACCAAGAUUCCAGUUUACUGGGAGGGCAAGGCCAUCGAAGUGCGACGCUGCUCCUGGUUUUACAAGGGAGUAGACUCCAAGUAUGUUCCCUACACGGAGGAUACGGCUGCACUACUCGAAGCGGAAUACAAGCGAUCUGCCGAGACUGGCGAAUGGCAUCAGAAGAUCAUGCUGGCCAAUGGCGAACAGGUGGUCUUUCACGGACCUACAGUCAUCGUUCACUUCCUGCCGCAACAGAAUGCAGACACUUGGGGAGCCAGUACACAGGGUUCCAUGCGCCCAAGAGUUGUCAAGAGGGACCUGGAUGACUUUACCAUCGAACAGGGCGAAUCGCAGAGAGUCGAUCACCUGCUUUUCAUGGUCCAUGGCAUUGGUUCAGCAUGCGAUUUAAAAAUGCGCUCCGUGGAGGAAGUGGUGGAUGACUUCCGUGUUAUUGCCCAGCAACUAGUUCAAUCGCACUACAAAAAUUCAACAGAUAUGGGCCUGGUGGGUCGCGUUGAAGUGUUGCCCAUCUCGUGGCACGGUCACCUGCACUCUGAAGAGUUGGGCAUCGACGAAAAGCUCAAGUCCAUCACUUUGGAGUCCAUUCCUCGCCUGCGAAACUUCACCAAUGACACGCUGCUCGACGUGCUGUUCUACACCAGUCCGAAAUACUGCCAAAAGAUCAUGAACACGGUGGCAGAUGCGCUUAACGAUGUCUACCUGAAGUACCGAAUGCGACACCCUGAAUUUAAUGGGGGAGUAUCGUUGGCAGGACACAGUCUCGGCUCCCUAAUCCUAUUCGAUUUGCUGUGCCAUCAGGAACCGCUCAAGGAAAGCGAGGAGGAGAAUAAAGAGAAUCCCGACCAAGUUCCCCAAAAGCAAACGAGUCAAAAGGUUCAGCUUCCCACCAGCGAUCUUUUGCCAAAACAAGUCAGCUAUGCGAUGGGUCCGGAGGGAACGGGGCAGCCUGUGAUUACAUACACACAGCUCAUAUUCCACCCCAAGAAAUUCUUUGCUUUGGGCUCACCCAUAGGAAUGUUUGUAACCAUCAGGGGGAUCGAUAAGCUUGGCCUCGACUUCCACCUGCCCACGUGUCCGGGUUUCUACAACAUAUUCCAUCCCUUCGAUCCCGUAGCCUAUCGGAUCGAGGCCCUUGUCAAUCCGGACAUGAACGGCAUUCGACCGGUGUUGAUUCCGCACCACAAGGGACGAAAACGGAUGCACCUGGAGCUGAAGGAGACGAUGACACGUGUGGGUGCGGAUAUCAAGCAGCGGUUUAUGGACACCUUCAAGACCACCCUAGACAGCGUAAACUUUUUGACCACAGUGACGAAGGUUAAAAAAGAAGCCGAGGAGUCGCUGGAGAAAGAGACGAGCCAGACAUCAUCGCAAGCUUUUCAAAAGCAAAACGAAGAUCAGGACGAGAGUUCAGUUGCCAGCUCGUCUUACAAACUACGAAAUCGCACCGAUUCCAAUUCGACGACGGCUUCUGACCCCGAGUUUAUAGAACUUGAUUUCCCACUAGGUAAGUUGAACGACUCAAAGCGUGUGGACUACGUGCUUCAGGAAGCGCCCCUAGAAUUCAUCAACGAAUAUAUUUUCGCCUUGAGCAGCCAUGUGUGCUACUGGGGCUCCGAAGAUACAAUCCUUUUCGUGAUGAAGGAGAUUUACGCCAGUCUGGGAAUCAGCACAGACAGCCAGGUGCCGCAGUCGUCAAUGACCAUCGAGCGACCCGUCUCGCAUGAGAGCAGUGUUAGCCACUCGCUGUUGCCUAUGUGAGUCCACAAAACCACACGGGGCUCUAUUGGAUCCACCGAUCCCACGUACCGUACACACGAUAACUAUAUAUAAAUUUAGUACCAAUUUAUUUAGAUAUGUUAUUUGAUAGCCGAAUCAUACAAAGAAUUUUCCAUAUGUGCAACUCUAACAUGGUUAAAGGUAUUAUCAAAAUAAGAAGUCUUUAUCGUUUGAGUGACUAAUCCGUAGCAAGUUCUCGAGCUUUACAAAAUUACCUAUGUAUUCAUCGGAUUGGCACCGAAGAGACCUAUUUGUUAUUUUUGUAAUAUCGCCUGUGUAAUUAACUUUGUAACAUUUAUGUUAAACAAAGUGUAUGUCUAACAAAUUUUAAAAUAAAUAACUA